AUGGACGAUUUCUUGACGCCAGUCAGCCAGACAUAUCUGAAGCCGAGGGCGUCUGGCUCUCCGUUCGGACUCUCUCGGUCGCCCAGCUCCGCUGAUGAGGUCAACAAGCUCAAAACCUCAUCUUCGGAUGGCACAGUUCUUGAGAAGCUGAUGAGCCAACCGGACUAUGACACCUUGAUCUCAGCCCUCAAGCUGGCAAGUCGCAACAACAAGACCGCAGACCCGACCUCCGAAUCUGCCCGGGUCAUCCAAGUUCUUGUCUCUGAGAUUAUCCCGAACUACUGGCCGGUUCUUAGAGGUGGAGAUGCCGAAGACCUAUCCCUUCUGCUGAGAUGUCUCCGUAACCUCACGGGUGUCAAUGCUCUUGUUGCACGGGUCAAGGCAUUGACACAGGAAUUCAAGGCUGGUGGACAAUCAGUCAAGAGACCCGACAUAGCCAUGAAUCUCGAUAUUCUGCUUCAAGUCUUCACAAACAUCCUCGAUGGAGAUCUUCAGUUGAUGGCGCUUUGGUCAUCAGGUCUGCCGCAUCUAGAUAAUCCCGUUCGGAGGAAGGCUAUGGCCCAUGAGCUGGUAGGCUUCUUCGCUGGCGGGAAGUUAGUUUCCAUCGCAGCCGAGGCACAAUCCAUCUUGCAAAAGGAGCUUUCCGCUCACAAGAAUGCCUGGGUGUCAGAUGGAUUGCUCUAUAGCAAGUGGCUAGGAAGAAGCAUUGUGGCUUGGGUGUCAAACGGUCCAUCUUCCGAUGAUGAAAAGCUAUGUGCUGAGCUAUUUGUUCGCGGACUCCGGCUAGGAUACUCGGAGCACCUGAACAAACAUCUUAUCCAAGAUCUACUCCUAGGUCCGGAUGCCAGCGCAAACGCCUUCGUGCGUCUUUUUGGCCACUUCUCGCAGCUUGAGCAAAAACGCAUGCUUUACGCGGUUGUCAAGUACCUUGCAGACACACACUUGAAUCCAUUGGGUUCAUCCGGGUCCCCUGAGGCGAGAAAGAAAAUAUCGGCAGCUGCCGGUGUCCUCGGAAAGCUUGUGGCGAAUAACGAUAGCAGAAUGAACCAUCUCGUCUCAUGGCUCACAAACUCUACUGGUGCAGGACUCGGCGAGGCCAUCGGCAUCCGACGAGCCGUCGUGGCCGUCGUCGGAAAUGAUAAGGAGUGCACAAGUCAGGUCCUAGAGAAGAGUCUCAGCCAAUUCGGUGACCAGCUCUAUAUUAAGCACUCGCCUAUGCUACAACAAGAAGCACACGCCCAAGUAUUGCUCCUGAUAGCGGGUUACAUCCAUCGAGCUUCGGCUGUGAAGCUGAAGAUGAUUAUGAGAUCCGGAAGUUACCUUCAAACAAUCUCGAACCGCUUAAAUUCGACUCAGGUGAAGGCUAGACUACUCGGCAUGGCAAUUGGCGAGGCAUUGUCUUCAUUGUCCGACACGAACCAGAACAAGCUCGAAUUCAAGACAGAUGAAAUGGACAGCGAGGAAGCAAAGUGGUAUAAGUCACUGCCCACAAUGGCCGACGAGGUCGGACCAGUCGAGCCUCUCGUCUCAGCUUCAGCUGUGAAGCCUGAGAAGCCAAACUUCAAGCCAGCGCCAGCUAAACCAAUUACUCGACGGGCUUUACCUCCUAGGAACACUGGUUUCAUUAUCGAAGAGGUCGAAGAUUCCUCUGAGAGCGAAGACGACGACCUCAUGGUGUACAAUAAGCCAGAUGACGACGCUGAGGAUUCCGACGAAGAUGCUACCCUUGUCCGGAGGGAUAAGCCUAAAGCUCCCGUGUACAUCCGCGACCUUAUCACAUAUCUUCGAGACGACAAUAACUAUGACAAGCAAAAGUUGGCUCUAGAAACAUCCCCUUCAUUGAUCAGGCGAAAGGCAAAUUUCGGCUCCGAGGUCAGCGCUCACGCCGAUGAGCUUGCGUCCCAAUUAGUAGGUCUUCAGGACAAAUUUGACAUUGCCAAUUUUUACGAGCUCCGUCUACAAAGCAUGAUAGCUCUCAUAGUCGCACAGCCGAAGGUGAUGGCUCCCUGGUUCGCCAAGACCCUUUAUGAUGGCGACUACUCCAUUUCUCAACGAGCAUCCAUUCUCAUCGUGCUUGGCCUCAGUGCCAGAGAACUAUCAGGGCACGACACCUCGGAGUUCGCCGCUGCCGCUUCAUUCCCCUCAAAGCGUCUGCCUGAACGCAUGGAGAGGAUGUACCUAGAAGAAGCAUCUAUCCAUGCAAACCGACUGGAGGCUGGCUCAGGAUCCAAUCUGAAAGCGAUCCCGGCAACCGCUCUGGAUAGCAUCGCCCAGGAUCUCACCUCUUCUUUCCUCGCUCCUUUGGCGGCCAAAGCCGCCGAUGCAGCCACAGGUCCAGACGUUCUCAAGCUAUCCUCGUUCACCUCGCGCCUUAACGCUCAGGGGCAACCUAAAUCGACAGCCAAGCCAAAGCCGCGACUCCGCUCCAUCCCCAACACGAUUGCCUCCCUGAUUGCUACCAACUUCUUCUUCCCCUUGACCGCUCGCCUUCAGCACGCCCUUCGCUCGCCAGCCUCCCAUCGGCGCAACGCUCCUCUCUUCCAACCGCACCUUCUUUCUUUGUAUCUCAAGACCCUUGCCGUCCUCAUACACGCGGCCGGUCCCUCGACCCUUGCCCUCCCGCAGAUGACCGCCGAGCUCUGGAAUCUGAUCCUUGGUCUGCGCGCACAGGCAGCUCCUGAUCUCCCCACGACGCAUGCCCUGUUGAUCGCCCUUGCUGCCUUGUUCGAGGUCAAUGCUGCCGGGUCCUCUGAUGGCCUUCGCAAGCUCUGUGCCGACAUGCCCCGCGAGAUCGUCGAGACGCAGGAGUGGGUGUCCGGCAUCUUCAAUGGCACCCGCGGCGACGACGGCGGCCAGGAGAAUCAAGUCAAGAUGCUGUCGGCCGGCGUGCUCAUCACGCUGCAAGAAGCCAUGGAGCGCCACCGCGCGCUGUUGAUGGGAGACAUGAUUGGGUUCACAUAG